AGUACACGUCGAUUUUUGUUCCAGCUCUAAUUAAUUUUACUUGCUUGAUUUUAUGUUUGUUUCUGCAAAAUGUCCACGAGAUCCUCAUUCGGCGAUGACGAACAGACAAAGGUACCACGCAUCAUGACCUUCCGUCCAAGUUACGAGGAGUUUAAGAACUUUUCGGCCUACAUUGAGUACAUAGAGUCUCGUGGAGCGCACCUAGCCGGCUUGGCCAAAAUCCAGCCACCAGCAGAAUGGGUUCCCCGAAAAUCCGGCUACGACAUAGAGAACAUCAACAUGACCAUUCCAGCGCCAAUCUGUCAAGUUGUCACAGGCAGGGCUCACGGGCUGUACCAGCAGAUCAACAUUCAACAGCGCCGCCAGAUGACUCUGCGCCAGUUCAUGGAGAAGGCAAACUCCGAGCUUCACCAGACUCCGCGCCAUUUUGACUACGAGGAUCUGGAGCGCAAGUACUGGAAGAAUAUUACCUAUAUAUCGCCGCUAUACGCGGCUGAUGUCAAGGGAUCGCUGAGUGAUGAGGAACUAGACGUGUGGAACAUCGGUCGACUGGACACGAUCUUAAAUCUGGUAAACACUGACUACAACAUCAUCAUCGAUGGGGUCAACACGGCCUACCUCUACUUUGGCAUGUGGAAAAGCUCCUUUGCGUGGCAUACCGAGGACAUGGAUCUGUAUUCUAUCAACUAUCUGCACUUUGGGGCACCAAAAACCUGGUACGCUAUUCCGCCGGCGUAUGGCAGACGCUUAGAGAAGCUGGCCAAUGAAACCUUUGCCGAGAACUAUCAGGAGUGCAAUGCCUACCUACGCCACAAGAUGACUAUGAUAAGCCCGAAGGUGCUGCGCCAGCACAACAUUCCUUACAACAAAAUUACGCAAGAGGCAGGCGAGAUAAUGAUCACAUUUCCCUUUGGCUAUCAUGCUGGGUUUAAUCAUGGUUUUAACGGCGCCGAGUCCACCAACUUCGCAUCGAAGCGUUGGAUCGAGUACGGGAAGCGCGCCAGUAUCUGCCGUUGCCGCAGCGACAUGGUCAAGAUAUCUAUGGAAACCUUUGUGCGUCGUUUUCAACCGGAGCGCUAUGAAAAUUGGCUAAGGGGCCAAGACCUUGGCUGUCACCCCGAGGAACCAGGAAAAAUAUGUGCUGCAGCGCCGCCCACUUUAAAUGAGUAUGAAAAACAAGCCAGCUUGCGUGCAGCCAAAGCGAAGGGAACAUCACCACAAAAACGUGGAUGCUCACUCGCCGACAAUGGAUGCGAAUCUAAUGCGGAGCCCACCGAGGAUGCCGAUGAAAGGGUCAGUGUUAGUAGCUACAACAGCUGUCGCCAACUGCAACCGGUUGUCAAGUUGCGCAAACUCCCACCCAAUGCUUCCGUACCUGAACCAGCUGCAGCACCAAAGAAAUAUGACUUCAAUUCCGUGGCCGUAGUGCGCGUGAAGCGACUGUGGAAUCAGCUGCCAUGUCCAGAGCCCGGAGUGAAUCUGCUUACGAACGGGGUUGUAAAGAACACAAAGCGAAUGCGUUUCCAGACAAAAGUACUCACACUUGAGGAUGAGGAUUGAGGACUCAACUGAUGACUCUGCAUAAAAGCAGUUAUUCGAUCUCCUAGUUAGAUUUCUCUGCGGCUGCAAACAAAGAUGUAUAGUGAUAGUAUUUUUGUAUUUUUCAUAGUUUCUAAGCAGUCUUGACGCCAUCACAAAGCAGACUUUUGUACAAAACAGCAGUUUUUCUGACAAGCAAACUCCGUGUGCAUUGGAGUAUACGGUUGCGCCCAAACUUUUAAAAUCUUCUAAGUUAAAAAUGAAGUCAGUCCUUACACACUGUAUUUUCUCAACAAGUGUACGUUCCCACCGAACGAAGUAUUGCACAAUAAUUAAAAUCUGACAAAACAAAA